AUGGACAUCCUCGCUACGCACGAUACUCUCAGAACUGCGCAACAAGAGCAGCUCAUGCCUCGAUUCGACCUAUCCCCGUACGAGAAGUGCAUCGAGUACGACAUACCGUUUCUUCUCCAUCUUCCGCAAUCACCUGUGCGCCAACACGACCAUCAUCCGGUAUACGUUGCGUGGCCUGAGGAGAUCAUGUAUGCGAGCCGCACGACGAAAGGAUAUGCUUACACGGAGUACUUAGAGAUCGCAGACGCGCCAGGCUUCUAUGCCCCCAGAUUCGUGAAACCUGCCGCGACAAAAGACCUAGUGGUAGGGAUGAACAAGGUAGAGCAUCUCUGUCAUACGCAUCUUUCCAUUGCGCUGAACAACAUCUCUGUACUAGGAUUCGCAAUUCUCGUACAACAGACGACCCAAUGGGGGCCGCUCUGA